AUGGCUAAGAUGCAGACUGACUCAGAUGGGUUGCCCCGGUUGGACGCGUACCUCGCAGCUCAGGUCACUGACCCGAAACACCUCAAAGGGGAGUUCGGGGUCACCGCUCAGUCAUUCGUUGAAAGGGCUCAUGCGCUUGGGGCUUUACCUUCAGGGCGAGUCCUUCUUGCGAUGUUGAGCAAGCGAUUCCGAGUUGAUAGAAUCAGGGGGGCAACGGUCUCACAACAGACUUUCCUUGCGAUUCAGCUCGAGGGUUUUAGCCAACAACAUCUUCAGACAUUCCGUGAACGCGUCGAGUUCUGUUUGAAUGGCUUCAGCCCAGACGCUUGGCCUGCCGAGAAUACCAUGUUCUCAUGGUUAUACGCGAAACUGAAACAUUGCCGUUUGCUUUCCAGGGCCAUUGACAAAAUCAAAGAUUCAAGUCCAUCGAGCAACAAGCGCACUUUCAACUGGUUGUGGACUCAACUUGUUGAGCUCCUCGACGAGCUCCGGGAAGAGGCCAACGAGGAAUCAAUCAGGGAUGCAUUGUUGCGGCCCGGGACCGAAAGCCCAUCGGCACCGAAGAAAGGAGAGCAGCAGAAAGCUGCACCAGCAUCUCCAACGCCUGCCGCUCCUGCUCCUCCGACCGGUGCAAAUUGUCCAUUCUCACAUGAGACAGCUCCCGGAAAAUCCAAUGCGCCAAAGGCCAAUGGAGCAGCUGCCACGGCAAAGAGCUCUGCCGCGGCUGUCGCCCUGAUGCUUCCCACUACGGCUCAGGGUAUCUCGGUCGAUGGACGAUACCAGACAGGUCCUUUUCAGCUCGAGUGGAUCGCUGAUUCUGGAGCCGGCCGCAACUUGACGUCUCUCAAGGCUUUUCAGGCCGAACAGCCGAUUCACUUCUCCACCGGUAAUGGCGUUGUCACUUCUCACGAAGUCUUGACCUGUGAGGGCCAAGACUUUGGACAGAACACAGCAUACCUCAUGAACGAUUGUCCCGUCGUAAGGUCAAUGGGUGAGAUAGUAAACGGUGGCCAGUUGCCUUUCCUUUGGCUUCCUGGUCAAUUGCCCUGCGUUCUCAAAUCCAGCAACCACGUGCAAGCAGACCUUAGUGGGGCCCUGUUCGCCGAUCGUGUUGAGGGAAAUGACAAAGUCCCUGUAGAGAGAGAGGCUGAGAAGGCACCAGAGCCAGAGCUUGCCUACGAAGACGUUCUCGAGAGGAUUGAAGACAAGCUGCUCGACGGCCUUCCCCCUGCUGAGCCGCGUGCGGUGUCGCAUGCACCUGACGCAAACGACCAUCUCUCUGACUACGAACCAUCUGACGAUGGCGGUUCCGCACCAGUUGUCGGAGCGACAGCGCAGACUGCCUCCGAGCCUGCACCUGGCCACCUUACCACUGUCCGCACAGUGCCAGACCAAAGUUUCCUGGAACGCACGAGUCCAUCGACCUGUGAGUUUGACAUGCGCUCGUACGCAGCACAGCUUGUCGACUUCUACUGCGAGGUCGCCGGCGUCACCAAAGACAAGCUACGCAACUUUCCGUCCCCUUGUUAUCCGGAGAACCAGCUCACCGAUGCUGAUCUUGAGACAGAAGGUGAAUUGCAUCAUGCUGCGUCGCGCAUUCUUAUGCGAGGCCUGUGGCUAAGUCGCCUUGCUCGGCCUGACCUGUCUUUUGCAAUCUCCCGAUUAGCAUCGAGGGUAACAAAAUGGACCAAAUUUGAAGAUCGCCAGUUGAUGCGUUGCAUUUCAUAUCUCCAUCACACGACACACCUCACGUUGCGCGGGGCAGUUUCGCAAACUGAUUUCUCUUGCAACAUCGAAGUGUUUACCGAUGCAGAUUUUGCAUCUUGCCCGUACAGUGCCAAAAGCACGUCCGGCAUCAUCAUAAUGCUGCGCACCGGUGAAUCUUACUUUCCUGUCCAUUGGUUGUCUAGGAAACAAUCAUCAACGGCCAGAAGCACCACGGAAGCCGAAAUGAUCGCGCUUGCUGCAGCGAUGUUCUCCGAGGCCGAGAACUUGCAAACAUUCCUAGAGUCUCUGCUUGACGCUGCAGUUUCGGUGUCCUACCAACAAGAUAACGAAACGGUGCUCGCGAUCCUCAAGGCAGGUUAUAGCGCGAAACUUCGACACAUGAACCGAGUUCAUCGUGUUAACGUCGCCUCCGUGUGCGAAAGGCUUGCAGAAGAACGCGUCCAAGCUGUUUACUGCAGCACCAAACUUCAGAAGGCUAACGGGUUUACGAAGGUCAUAUCGCCUCAAGAAUGGCCUCUAGUUCUGAGUCAGCUGUGCCUUUUGCCUGCCACUGACAAGGCAUUAGCAACUCCAGCCCAAGAUCUUUCAGCUGAUGCCCUUGUGUUAGCAGAUCCUCGCGCGGCCGCAGGCUUAGUUCCUCGCCGCGUCGAAGAGCAGCACAUUCUGCAUUUGCUGACGCUCCUUCCUCACGACGGAGCGCGCAGAGGUCCAGAGACUACUGAAACGCACUGCUUCUCAGUUGGCGCUUAUGCGCAUGGCAGCGGCAUAUAG